UUCUUGACCAACAACUUCGGUCGACGUCUGAUCUCGACCCUGACGUCCCUCGCUACCCGGCUAGACCUACACACUCUCUUUGUCGGCUACACUCCAGUCUGGCAGCGUUCGCCCUCCAACACGCCCUCCGCCGUCUGGAGGAAGAGCGGCAAGCCCGAACCGGCAACAUGGGCGACCUCCAAUUCGCGAAGCAAUUCCUCACGUCGCUGGACAACAAACCGAACAAGUACCAGCCCGACCAUGUCUUUGAUCCGACGACGUUCCAGAUGCGGCUGCCGUACACCCUGCCCAAGCUCUCGACGCCGCCGCACCCGCCGCCACCCAAAUCGGUCCCCGUCGCCGAACCGCCACCGGGCUCCGAGCCCUCGACGCCGACCAUCACGCUGAUCCUGAAGUCGCCGCGCAACCCCAACAUGACGCUCAUCCUCCCCUCCGUCCCGCCCGCGACGGCGACCAUCCACGCCCUCAAGGAGCGGAUCCAGGCGUACCUGGGGGGCGCGGGCGUGGUCCCCCUGGACAAGAUCAAGCUGCUGCUGCACAAGAAGCCCAUACCGCCGAGCAAGCGGACCGUCGCGGAGGCGCUGGAGGGGUCGGGCACCACCACGGGCUCGGACGUCGAGUUCGGCGUGAUGGUCAUGGGCGGCGCGCCGGACCCGCCGCAGACCCAGAUCACGGCGUCCCUGCACGGGACCAUCGCCGAGGCCCUGGCGACGGCGGGGGCGCAGACCGAGGGCAAGAAUGCAGGCGCCGGGGGGUCGCCGAUGCAAGGCGUGCAGACGGCGGCGCCGAGCGUCCUGGAGUCCAAGGAGUUUUGGGACGAGCUGCAAAGGUUCCUGGCGCAGCGGAUCGGCGAGCCCGACGAGGCCGAGAGGGUCAAGGGGAUAUUCGAGCGGGCGUGGAGGAGUUCGAUCGAGAAGCCUUGACCUCGACAUGGCGAGGUUUGCAUGUAGAGGUGGGCGUUGAGGAGAAGAUUUCUGCGUCGGCCGUCGGUACAGACCUUUGUCAUUUGCCAGUGUCGCCCACGGCGGAAGCGUGCCUACCUACGUACCUACCUACCUACCUACCUACUCACACGACCGGCUUCCAGCGUUUUCUUUACGAGAGCAUGCGCAAUGCAAUGUUGAUAUCGUCGCCACGAGCCUGCUAGAGACGAUAAGACCCGCGGAUCGGGAAUCACUCCACGACAUUUGUUGUCCUGUUGAUAUAGCUCCAGCAGCAUCGCAUCCCUUCCUCCUUC